UCCCCUGUCUUUACGUAUAUAACUCUUUCUGAAACCUAUAUCAUUACCAACGCGCUCACUAACAAGUUUACUACUCGACAGCUCUCAAAAUUGAGGAUACGUAAACGGCGUAAACAGGCAACGUCCAGAAAGUAAUGGCGGCACCUUGCACCGCAUAGAGCGCCGAGCUCAUGGUCGAGCUGCUUUGCCGGCUUUGCCACACUCCGCCAUUGAUCUCUAUAUUGCUCUCCGCCACCCCGCCAAAGUUGAGUGGAGUGUCGGAGACCUCUUUUCAACAGAAUGAAAAAACAUUUCAAGGGCACAGCAAUGCACAAUUUUGAAGGGCUGUUCUCAUGUUAGCCAUCAAACGCAUGUGAAAUUAUUAGGAACGAAACUAUACAUAUGCAUCUACGUAUCCUUCGAUUCAUCUACCCAAAGCCGUAUGCAGCCAACGCCACUGAUCUCAAUGGCCAACGCAGGCGCGUACGCGCGUACUUUCGGAACGGAUACGUCUUUGGCUUUGCUUGGUUUCGUCCACAAUUGUCAUAGAGAUCAGUGUCGUCCACGUACUAUGAGAAGCGGCAACUCUUCAGAUAGCGGCCAUUUUACACCUCCGGCCCCCUCCAAAAAGAAAAAAAGUAUAUACAAGCUCGUUGAAUACAGCAUGGGAAUGUACCUACAUCGUUGGAAAGUACUAAGGGUAAUCAUUUUGCUUUCUGGAAAAAAAUGUGUUUUACACCUGGCCGCUGGAAAUUGGAAUUAAAAAAAAAAAUGCUGCAAGCAAAAAACGCAACUAAUUUCUACGUGUGUUUCUUAGUAUAUUAUUUAUGAUGUUAUGUUAUGUAUUAAGACCAAUGAGAAAUACACAAAGGUCUUUUUUUUACUUUCUUUUUAGUAUCUACUGGUUGUUUGGUGAUCUACUGAUAUGUAUGGGGCCCAUCUACUGACUUCGAUUUUUUUUUCCAUCUGGUAACGCUGGUCCAGCAUUUGCUGGCACUGCUCGCAGCGCGUGGAGGGCUGUCACGGCUUCACUUUACGUUGGCUGCGCUCAUGUGGAGUGGCCGCGUGGGCACCUGCUUCGGUUCCCCGUCCUGACCACGUUGUCCCCACUCACGUGGUGUGGCCGUGUGGACACUUGCUUCGGUUUCCCGUCCUGACUAACGAAACAGCCACUGCAGAGCAUCACAUCCGAGCGACGUCGUACGCAUCCAAAGAUGCCAGGUGUCCGAUACUUCCGGUGCCCAAGGUGUGCGUCCCACAUUUUUUCGUUGAGGGCACUAUUCAGGCACUUUCACUCAGUUCAUGGGUACGAAAGCAACUGGGUGUGCGGCCUAAGUGGCUGCAUGCGGACAUUUAAACUCUUCGCUUCCUAUAAAAAACAUGUGUACAGAAAUCACCCUGGAUCAGUCGAAAGAGAAAGAGCCGUGGGAGCGAAUGAACUGGUGGAUGCAGCACCGAGUGUUGGGGAUGCCUUUCAAAGUGAUGACGUUGGUGUACAGAGUAAUCCGGACGCAGAAGAAAGGCAAGAGGAGCUGCGUACAGAGACUUCACAAGUGUGUGAAUCCACCCAGGGUCCAAGCGGCUGUGUAAAGCAGCUGGCUCUCCUUCUUCUCAAGUGGAAAGAGGGAAGGCGACUUCCAGAAUCAACCUUAGAUGAAAUCACAAAUGAUGUGAUUUCUUUCGUAAAAUCCAUUUUGGAACAUAAACAACUCCAGCUCAACAACGAGGUGGCCGCCAACGUGAGGGAGCUAUUCUGUGUUGACGAACUGGACCGGCUACUGACGACAGCUGGCCGGAACGCGUUCUGGAGGACACAUCUUCCACUUGUUGAGCCCCGUACAGUAGUGCUAGGAACCAACAGCAAUGGAAAAGACGACACCAUGGAGUAUGUGCCGCUCUGUGAUCUCCUCACGUGUAUCCUUGAACAUCCAACCUUAUCGGGUGACUUUAAUGCUUACACAAAGGUUGACAACCAUAUGUGUUCUGUGUUUGAUGGCAGUGCAUUUCGCGACCAUGCCUACUUUGAAGGUGACCAUCACAAAAUCUGCCUGCAGUUAUAUACUGAUGAAUUUGAGGUGUGCAACCCUUUGGGCAGCAAAAGAGGAAAGCAUAAGAUGACCGCCGUGUAUUUCUCAGUGCUGAAUUUUCCUGCAAGGUUCCGCUCUGCGCUAUCAGGAAUGCACCUGGCACUUUUAGUGAAUGACCACCAUGUGGACUCCUAUGGUCUGCCUAAGAUUCUUGCACCUUUGCUUGAGGAUGUGAGCAGAUUAGAAACUGAAGGCAUAGUUGCAAACGGAAAAGUGAUGAGAGGGUCAGUCUUUGUUUUGACUGGGGAUAAUCUGUCGAGCCAUAGAAUGGGAGGCUUUAAACGUAGUUUCAACAAAGGUAGGAUUUGCAGGUUCUGCAUGGCCGUGCACUGUGAAAUCAACUACAAGCACCUGGAGACCGAUUUCGUGCUGCGCACACCGGAAGGUCACGAGCAUCAUAUGAACAUGUUGAAGGCUGGACUGCCAACUGCAUCAUUGUAUGGGGUCACUGCAGCUUGUGCUCUUACAUGCCAGGGGUUCAAUGCCACACAACAUUUUCCGCCUGACGUUAUGCACGACUUGCACGAGGGUGUUAUACCAUUUGCACUAAGACACAUCAUUUCUUCCUUAGUAUCACAAGGACUUUUUACUCUUGCACAGUUAAACAAGGAAAUUAAACACGAAGUAUGGCAACUUUACUUGCUUUUUCGCGAAAUCAUGGAUAUCAUCAUGAGCCGGAAAAUCCCAGUCUCGCACAUUGGCUACCUGCAAAGGAAGAUUAAUUUUUUUUUGUCUCGACUUCAAGACAUUGUUCCCAUCUGUUAA